AUGAGAAGUAAGUACUGUAUGGAUAAGCCCCCAGCGGUAAACAGCCCGUUUUCCCCAGGGAAACAAUGGGUUAAACAAGAAACCUCUCAGACUUGUGCUUAGGAAACAUGGGGCAAGCAGAAGUGUGAACGACCCCUAGACCCUACUAGUCAGUCAUGGCCAGUUACCAAAGAUUAUGGGAGUUGUAGUCACAAGAAUUUCAUAUGUGACUAGAUUCCACCCAUGUUGGCUAUCCCAAGGCUCAGGAAAUGUGUUUUAGGCACAUAGCCUUAAUUUUAUCUUAUAACAACAGAGCCAUGUGGCACCUUGACUUGACUCACUUAGUACACUUAACACCAGAUACAAACAGACUAUAGAUGUGCAAUUGUUUGCAUGAAAGAGUGUAAACUAGUUGAUUUGUGAAGUUGAAUGGUUGCGUACACAGGUACUGUAUAAAGACUGCUCACUCAUAGAAUGUAACAUGUGAAUGCCCCUUUUCCUUUAUAGCAUUUAACAACUUUAAUGUGCCUCUGCCAGCAGGGAAAGGCUACAAUAUUAAUUCUACUGAAUUUAAUUCAACUUCUGGGUAUGUAGAUUGCAUGUAACCCACCCACCAGGGCAUCCCAAGGUAAAAUGUGAUCUAAGAAUACUGUUGCAGAACUGGGGGGCUCCCCUUAAACACUAAAAUUACUGUAUUUUUCCAUGUAUAAGACUAGGUUCUUUCCCCUAAAAAAUUAUGUCCAAAAUUUGGAGGCAUCUUAUACAUGGGGGCCAUCUCCCCCCGUUUUCUUAAAUCAGGGUCUUAAAUGGGGGUGUCUCAUAGAUGAAAAAAAAUACGGUAAUCAAUGCUAGGAUUUGGUGUUAUUUGUGAUAGGAAGGGAUAAUAUAAGCCACAAAGGAAUUCAUGGGUAGCUUAAUAAAGCAAUAGAACUUCUUUCACCAAGUGUGACCAGUGACUUGGAAGGUUGCCAGUGAACUGCUCUGGGGAAGGGGAAGGGGCUUCUGGGAAGAAGAAAGAGGAAGAAAGGCUGAGAUCCAUCUUGGUGAGGGAGAAGGAACAGCUGCCUGCAAUGCUUUGGGUCAUGCUAUAAAAUUUGAACCCUGUUCAUGCAGACUGAGAGUGUAAAUAGACAAAUAAACCUUGCUUCUUAAAACACUAGAGUCUCCACAGUGUCUUCUGUUCUCCACACAGACCCUGGGGUGUUUGUGACCCCAUGCGCUCUGGCCACUGCUUGGCAGAGAGAGGGAGCAGACACCUGGCUUUUGUAACAAUAUAAACAAACAUACUCCAGAAUGUAAUCAUUUGUUGAUUGCAAACCAGUUUAUCAUUUGGAACAUUAAUGAGCCUUUGAAGAUGUUUGCCAGAAGCAGAGAACAAUCCAACUAUCUUAAGCAUGGUAGCCAGUACAGACACAGGUCACAUCCACAUCAUACAUUUAAAGCACAUUUUCUCUGGCUAAAUGUGAUCUGGCAGGUGGUUGUUACAGGGCCUUUUCAGUCAAUUAUGGCAGAGGUUUUCAACCUUUCUGGGUCCAAGGCUCCCUUGACCAACUACAUUCGCUCUGCAGCACUCCUGUGGGGCUCAGGAGCCCAGCUAUGUCACCCCUUGCCUGCAGAGCUGGCAUCCUCUCACCCCUUUUUGAACACCCUCCCUUGAAGUGUUCCCUCAGCUUCCUCUCUCCUUGGGAGUCCUCUGGGCAGCCCCCCCCCCUUCCAAAGGAGAGGUGUCUCUUCACACUGCCCCACAGCAGUGUUGCAUAGCUGUCAACUUUUCCCUUUUCUUGCGAGGAAUCCUAUUCAGAAUAAGAGAAUUUCCCUUAAAAGGGGGAAAACGUUGACAGCUAUGGUGUUGGAAGGUUUUUUGGCAAAUAUAUAAAUGUUGAAAGUAAAAAAAAAUGUACAUUCAUUCAUUCAUUCAUUUACCACUUAACAUGGGCAAAGCCAGGGAGGCUGGGGGCAGGUGUGUCCUCUAAAUCAAGUAAAUAAUAAAAAUACUUAACUAACCAAGGGCAUAACACUGCGGGGGCUCAAGGUCCCUCCACACAAAUCCACUAAGUGACCUUGAGUGAUGGAAAACACGAUACGUGGGAGGGAAGAGUUCUGCCUGAGCAUACAUUUACUAAUGUAGGGUUGUCAUAUUUCAGAAACCAGGACACCCCGAAAGUUGUUGAGAUUUUCGUAGGUAAUAUAUAUUUUUAGAUCGCAGCCAUAAUUCUUUUAUUGCCGUUUCUUAUGGCGACGUGCCUCCUUCCUUCAUUUCCCCUUUUUCUCCUUUUUCAUGGAAGUGCAGUCCGCAAACACGCCAAUAAACCAACGUAGGCAAGCUGAUCCUAUAUGACAUCCUGCUCGAUUUUGAGUCGCUGGCUGUUACAAAAGAGCGCAGCGCACCGCCAACCGAGGCAGGGGAUGGGGACAUGACUACAAUUCCCAUCACCGCUGAUCACUGGCGACGCAGCGCUUGGGGACUGACGGGAAUUGUAGUCCGCCCGUGGCCUCCACCGCAUUUCCCCGCGGCUAACGCUUCCCGCCCUGGCAACUGAGUCCCGCCAGGUGCCGCUCUUCCGCGAGGCGCUUCGCCCGGCAUCGCGGCUCCUCGCCGAGGCCGCUGGGUGGCGCAUCCGCCCGCGCCCGGCCGCUCUUCUGAGGAGACGAAGGGGAGCAGCCGCCAUUUUCCCCGCCCCUCUCUGAGGCAGCUGACGGUUUCAAGAGUCACAGGAGCCGCUUGGCCUCGUGAGUCCAAAGGUAAGGCCUACGUUGCGGGGUCAGGCAUGGUCUUCCUCGGCGAAACGGGCGGGGUUAAGCGCCCGAGGCUAGGGUCAGUGGCUAAGCGAGCAAAGGUGGCGAACCCCUAAUUUCUGGAACGGGGCCGCCAAAGCCGCACCUCUUGAUAUAGUAAGCAAAUGCAGAGGAGGGAGUAACUUGGCCCACCCUCUCACGAUUUCAGCCCCACAAACCCCUUUCAAUAGGAUUGGCGUGGGUAGGGCCGACCCACUCCAUGAAGCAAGGUGAGUCGGUUGCCUCAGGCAGCAGGAUGCACAGGGGCGGCAGAUGCCUAUGUGGAUCUUUCUUCCCACCUUCCCACCCCGCCCCCGAUGCAGAUCACUGCUUGCCUGGCAGGAAGGAGGGGCAUUUUGUGGUUCGCCUCAUGUGCCAAAAUGCCAUGUACUGGCCCUGUGCGCGGGUGUCCCACACACAACCCCCUAUUUGGACAGUUCCCUCCUUGCUUCUCCACCUUACCCCACAGAUCUGUGGGACUGUGAGUGUGUAACUUCACUUUUGCACUCCUGCAGCCUUUAUCCUGUAAGAUUUGAGUGUGUGCAUCUGUGGAGGGAGGAGAGUGUGCUAUCUCGAGUACAUCCCUCUCCCCCACCCCGCUACUUUCCUGGAAAAGGCUGUUAUGAGAGCAGAGUAGCUGCAGUAAUCUCGGGUUUUCUUAUUAUUAUUAUUCCACAAUUGCUUCCCUUAUGCUGAAGAUGACAGGUAGCUGGGUGGUGGCACUGCCACAUGCAUGUCGUGUUUUCUUUGGCUUCUGCUUCUUAGGUUGCUUGCUCGGUUUUGACACGUGGAAUAAAAGCUGUGCAGGAUAAAAGCAAGAUGCUUCCUUGUAGUAUGCAAAGAAAUGGUGCCCCCUGGGAACCAAGAUGGUUGGGUGUGGCUGCUGGACACACCUGUACACAUGACAAACUCCUGAAGCUGAAUUCUCCUUUGAUAAUGCAACCCAAAUCCUUUUCUUCCUAUAGUACAACAGGAAUGUUGAUUACCCAGAAUGUAAUUGCUCAGGUUGAUAAAUAAGUUGUUUGAAAAAUGCAGCUUAGCUAAUUUUUCUUCACUGCUCAUAUCUGUCAAAACAUGGGGAAAAAUAACUUCCAUUCCUCUGAAGAGGGGUGGGGAACCUGUGACCAGCCAUAUGUUUUGUCGGCCCCAAUCAGCAUGGCCAGUGAUCAGGAAUGAUAAUGCUGGAGCAUGACAUGCUCCCACCACUCAUCAGCUGACAGCUAGUGGGAGCAUGCCUUGCUCCAGGUAGGAAUAGGUUUACAACAUUUGGGGCUUUUUAGCUUAGGAGAAAAGGCAACUAAGAGGGCACACAAUGGAAGUUAUAGAAUUAUGCAUGGUGCAAAAAAAGAUUUUUCUCCUUGUCUCAUAAUACUAGGACCUGGUUCAUCUGAUGAAGCUUAAUCAUAGAAGAUUCAGGACAGACAGAAACACAGAAUUGUAGAGUUGGAAGGGACCAAAAGGGUCAUCUAAUCUAACUCCCUGCAAUUCUGGAAUCUUUUGCCCAACAUGAACCUGUCAUUAAGAGUCUCAUGCUCUAGUGACUGAGCUAUCUCUGUACUUCUUCACACAGCUCUUAACCAGGAGUGGGGAACUUCUGACCUAUGGGCCAGACUGGGCCUACAAUACUGUUUUCCCCAAGGCACACCCAUUUAUGAUGUCUGGUCUGCUGUGGGGUGGAUAAAUAUGAUAUUUAAAAGGAACAAUCCAGUGCUUACAGUGAGCUGAUAAUUGUUUCUUUGCUUGGAGCAAGAUGCAGUUCCGUGUUGAGAGUGCACCUUGCUCCAGCAGCAUUUUGUGAAGAGGAACUCCCUUAGGUAGCUGAUGCUUCUCUCCCCGCACCCCUAUGGGUGAGAGAAAGAAGCACUUUGCCAGCCCUAUGCCAUGUGCUUCCGAAAAGUGGCUGUCAGGUAAAGUGCUUGGAAACCCCACACAAGGGAUUUUGACAGAUGAGCCAGACAACCCACCUGUCAACAACCCACCUGUCAAUAAGGUGAUGCCAUAUUGAUGUCAUGUGAUUGAGAAUUUGGUUGCGAUUUUGAAUUGCGGCCUAAGAUACUUGACUCUUGGGCAACCAGCAACUGAUGGGCAUCAUACAUCUUGUCAACCAUGUGAAAGAGUGAAUAAAGCAGCUGAAGUAAUUGAGGUUGCUGUUGGUACAUGUGAUGUUAAAUUUGAUAUAUUGAGUGAAGGAAAUAACUGGAUGUCUCUGGUAAUGCCCAUCAACAACUUCUUUAGUAUUUGAAUAAAAUCUCUCAUCUGUAACAUGUCCACCAUGACCAAAGUUUUUAAUUUGCUGAGAAAUUAUGCACACACAGCUGCAGAAAAGUAAAAUGCAUCAGUAAACAAUUUUUGAACAUUUUUUCCUGUGGAUGGCACAUUACUGCAAUAUUUGAAAGACGCUAAUGAAAAAGUAUGUGUAGUAUGCUUUUUUAAAAAUUUAAAACAGAGGUCAGGUGUGUAUUUGUCUUUGCUCCUCUUUCUUCCAGAAAUUUUGUGGACAUAAUGAUUUCAGAAAAAUCUUGUGCCACAUUUGUGUUACUUGUGUAAACCAAAUUAUUUAUUUAUGUAUAAAGUUUAUCAUUUGCUUUUCAGCUGCAAGUUGCCCAAGGCAGUGUCCAACUUAUAAAACUAGAAGAGCUGGAACAAUAAAGCCAUUAAGCUAGCACCAUUGACAGGGCUAUCCUAUGCAUGUAUACCCUGAAGGAGGUCCAAUUGUGUUUAAUAGGACUUACUCACUGGUUAACCCAGUGUUUCCGAAACUUGGGUCUCCAGGUACUUUUGGAAUACAGUUCCCAUCAUCCCUGACCACUGGUCUUGCUAACUAGGGAUGAUGGGAGUGAUAGUCCAAGAAACAGCUGGAGACCCAGGUUUAGGAAACACUGGGUUAAACUAUUUAGGACCCCACAUGUUUAAUUAGUUAAUUAAUGUUUUAAUUAGAAAAGUGCCCACAGAUUAAGUCAGCACCUGUACUAUAUAAUUUCAAUGCAUAUGCUAGCAAAAGCUACAGCUGCCAAUGGCAUUUUAGAAGAAUUAGAAAUAUUUUUAUUAGAAAUUUGUAGGUUAGACCUAUUUAUGUUGAUAACAAAUAUUGAGGUAAGCUACCUAAAGGCUAGAAGGAGCAAUUAUUAAGUCCUCUCAAAAAUUAGUCCCAUUAAAGUUGUUGGGAUUCAUUCCCACUAAGGGUGCAGGCUGAAUAUUUGGAAAGUAUUUGGAAACCAUCUUGGUUUUUCCCACCUGGCCUGAGAGUGAAGGGCCCUGAUUGACUCCAGCUACAAAAGCUGAGACUGCUGAAGAGGCCAAAGGCCAUCUUGGUAGUCUCUUAAGUGCAGAACCAGGCCAUCAAGCCUGAGCUUCCACAGCCACCAGUCGCCAUGAGCCACCAUUGGCAGCAUUAGCAGCAACAGCUGCAAAUAUGUUCUAUACAUAUGACAAUACUUUGUUCUCUUGUUAAUUAUGCUGUUUUAAAUACACAUUUCAUAUUUGACUUCCUGUAGUAAUGCUUUCUUUUGAGGUUUAAGGUAAUCCCCUCUCAUUAGGUUUGCAGGUAAAGAAGCUAUGAUAGACUCAGUGUUUAUAUUCAAAUUUCAUUAUGCUGGUCCAGAUUUAACAUUCAAAUAAAUCAUUUUAACAAAUGUAUUUAACAGCUGUUUAAAGAUAAUAAAGUGAAUGGUGUGUCAGAGCCUACAUUGAAUUUAUAGUAUCUGAAUUAAGGCUUAACCAGAAGUGUCACAUAAACCUAAGAAACUGUUAAGUUCUUGAAGAAGAUCAGCCCUACACUGUAACAGCAAGUGAUUACUUGUUGGUGUUUUCUAUUUCUUCAAGAGUGGGACAACAUAUAUUUCUACUUCUGAGAAAGGCUUUUAGCAGUCAAGGAAUCUCAUCAGUUACUUGAGUACAGGUAACCCCCAAUUUACGUGGGGGUUACAUUUCAGUGAAAUCACAUAUACAGUGGUACCUUGGUUUACGAACUUAAUCCAUUCCAGAAGUCCAUUCUUAAACCAAAGCCGUUCUUAAACUGAGGCGCGUUUCCCUAAUGAGGCCUCCCACCGCCGGUGCCCUUCCACCAUUCGGCUUCUGUUCGUAGACCGAGGUAAAGCUAACCAGAACCUACUUCCGGUUCUGUGGGGUUCGUAAAACGAAUAGUUCAUUACCAGGGCUGUUCAUAGACCACUGUAUUUGAAACACCAUUGAAAAAGCCUGCAUAGACCCAAUUCUGCCCCUUUUUGUGACAUUUUCAGUUCAGUUCUGGCAUGAUGCACGCAGUCACACACAUACCAGACACACCUAAAACAGUCACUGCCUGUAGUCUCAACUACUCACUGAACGUUAAGGGUUCAUUCACCGCCUUACAUUAUGCUGGUAUAUGCCAGGCUUCCUCAGCUUUGGCCCUCCAGAUGUUUUGAGACUACAGUUCCCAUCAUCCCUGACCACUGGUCCUGCUAGCUAGGGAUCAUGGGAGUUGUAGGCCAAAAAACAUGUGCAGGGCCAAGGUUGAGGGAGCCUGGUAUAUGCUGUUAUCUACAAGACAUACCUUUCUACAUUCUGCCUAAAACAAACAGGUUAGUCCUUAGGGAAGUGAAUCAACUCACACAAAUCGGGCACAUAGCUGUCAACUUUCAGAUUUGAAAAUAAGGGAUCAGCAGCCUCAAAAAUAAGGGAUCAGCUGCCUCACCUGUCCCGUGGACGGUCUCCGGGAUAUCUAACAAUCCGGGAUAGCAGCGGGAAAUGACGCUGGAAUAAGGGAAUUUCCCACCGAAAAAGGGAAGAUUGACAGCUAUGAUCGGGCAUCAGGAGUGAUACUUAGCUGCAAGCCCACCCCUUUACAAUCUCUAAAAUAGAAGGUAAUAAUGGAGACGUUUAUAGGUUUGUUUUAAGGAUUACAGCUGGAUCUGAGGUAGCCAGUGUGAUACCCUCCAGAAGUUAUUGAACUACAACUCUCAUGAUCCCUGGCUAUUGACCAUGAUGGUGGCUGGUGUCAAUGGGAGUUUGAGUCCAACAUCUGGAGGUCAUCAUGAAUAUGAAGCACUUUGAACUCUCAAAAACCCAUAUAAAAGUUAAGUAUUAAAUUUCAUACCUUUAGAAUUCUAAACUUAAAUGUGUUCUUAUUUAGGAAAACGCUUGAAAACCCUUUUCUUGAAGGAGGGAUGACAUGUAAUGGACCAGAUAACUGUGAAGCUCGUGCCACUCCAGAGGAUGAUCCUGACCAAGAUCUUGCUAAAGAAUGCUCCAGACUACAAACAUUUACCAAUUUUCCAAGUCACUGUCCUAUCUCCUCCUCAACUCUAGCCCAAGCUGGUUUCUUCUACACUGGAGAGGGAGACAAAGUAAAGUGUUUUAGUUGUCAUGCAACCAUUGAAGGAUGGCAAAAUGGGGACUCGGCAGUUGGAAGACAUAGAACUGUUUCUCCAAACUGCAAGUUUAUUAAUGCCAUUAAGAUUCUGAAGAAUGAUACGCAUUCUGUUUUCCCAAACUGUUCACACAGAACUGAAAUCAGCCUUGCAGCUGACUCUCUCCAGACCCCUCUUGAUCCAUCCUCUGAUCUCUAUGCAGAUUAUCUUUUGAGAAGUGGGCAAGUGGUAGAUCUCUCUGGUUCUCUGUACCCCAGAAAUCCUGCCAUGUGUAGUGAAGAAGCCAGGCUGAGAUCUUUUCACAACUGGCCCUCCCAUACUCUUAUCACUCCGAAAGAGCUGGCCCAUGCUGGACUCUAUUACACUGGCACUGGUGAUGAAGUUGAAUGUUUCUGUUGUGGAGGAAAACUGAAAAACUGGGAACCUUCUGAUCGUGCUUGGUCAGAGCACAGACGCCACUUCCCUAGGUGUUUUUUUGUCCUCGGCCACGAUGUGGGAAAUGUUGGAAGUGUUUCAAAUCAAUCUGGUGAUACCAGCCUGGAUAGAAGUGACAUACAUAAUGCUGACCUUCCCCAAACUCCAUCUAUGGCAGAUUACGAGAACCGAAUCAAGACAUUUGCAACAUGGAGGUAUUUGGUUAGCAAGGAGCAACUUGCCCAAGCAGGCUUUUAUAGCCUAGGUAAGCUGAAUACAGAGCUUCAAAGUUUGUAUUGCUAUCCCUCAAGGGGGAAAACGACAUUAUAUGAUUAGUAGUGCCUAACAUGGUUUCAAUGAGCUCUUAAUAAAAUUAGCAAAAUGAUGGAAUUAAAAGCAGUGGCCUUUUUCAGUUCUCUUACUGUUUUUUAGACCACCAAGUUUGACUAACUCUUGUUAACAUGUUAACACUAGUGUGUAAUUCUAAAUUUGGUGCUUUUUAAAUAAUUCAAACAACUGAGUCAUUGUUUUUGUUUUUUGUGCUAAAUAAUCUUCAAAUGAAAUAUUUGUUCAAGUGCAUAAUUAUUAUUAUGUCCUUUGCAUUGGAGAGGAUAUACUUUUCAUGUACUGUAUUUGAUUUAGUGCAGAUUCUUUUUCUUCCAACUUACUUAAAAUUCACCCCAUCCCAAGAACUUGGGAUAGUUAAAAAUAUGUUAAUGACAGAAAUUUACAGUUGGCCUGUUCUUAGAAACCAAAAGUCAAUUUGAAUGUAAAAGUCUUACGCUGCAUAGGAGAGUUUAAUAGGCUACCUUAAAUGAUGUGGUAGGACAUAAAUAUGGACAUGCUGGUUUUCAGUGAUGCACAGUUCAUUUGUGCUGAACUUUGGUUCCGCCCCAGAAAAAUGUGAAUAUCUGUAUGUUAAUUUGUAUAAAUUCAGCCUUAUUUAGCGGAGAAAAGUGUUUCCUAGCCACUUGAAAAUAAAAUAGGGGGUUCUAAGAGAAAAGAUAAGGAAUGAUAGAUAAGUUUCCUUUUAAAAUACAGCUUGUCUACCUCAACUUACCUGCUGCAAUGGGUGCAUAUGUGUCUUGGGGCACACACUUGUUCAUCUGAGGCAGUUGAGAGGCAUGAUCAGCAGCAUCUCAUGUAAACUGAAUGUGCACCCCAGACACUCCAGAGUCUGCAGCGCAAGCAUGCUAGACAGAUUAAUGUGGAAGGUGAAGGUGAAAAGGCCUGAAAACAGUUGAUUUAAUUAGGGCAAAACUUGCCCCCAUUUUGGAUCAUUUUCUCCAGGACUGCUCACCUGGCACCUGGCAUAAUAAGCUUUCAUUCCAUUCAAAGAAAUAUUUGCAGAGGCAGGUUUUAUUAAGAGCUUAUACAUGAAUAUAUUCCUACUUCUCCACAGGUAAUGGUGAUAACGUUGCAUGCUUUCACUGUGGUGGUGGAUUACAGGAGUGGAAGACAGAUGAAGAUCCUUGGGAGCAGCAUGCAAAAUGGUUUCCUGGGUGAGUCACUUCAUUUCUCCCUAUGUGUAUUAUCUGUUAUCUGUGCUAGUGUCUAUAUAUACAUACUGUACAUUGUAUACUUAUGUUAAUAAGUACUCUUCACGUGGUUCCAUUCCAUUUUCAGGAGACUCUGCAAAUGUAGAUUACCUAUUUGUAAAGUGGUCUGUGAUGUUGGAAUUUAAACCAGCUGCUCUGUGACCUCCUUUGCAAGCUUCUCACUAAUCUAUUCUUUAAUAUUUCCCUUAACAUUUUAUUUUUGGGAGGGGUGUGGAGACAUUCCAGACAGCAGCCUGGUAGGAAAGCGCGGCCAUCUCAGAAAGAGUUGUUCUGUCUGUCAGCUCGGAGGCAAAGUUCUGUGGGAGAUGCAGUUGGGAGAAAUUGGAUCUCUAGGGCUUCUGAAUCCUGGGCAAGUUUUGGUGAUUGCUCUCUGCACUGUCCCUCUCCCUAUGAUGGAAUGGAAACAGACCAACAGAGACCUCACUGCUUAUGUUGGUAAAUAGAAUCUGUGAUUGAUGCUCCCAAAGCCUCUUUUUUCUGAGGAAAGGGUGAGAAGAGAGCUGUACUGUUAGCAAGCAAAUUAAAAGAUGGACUAUAACAUGGUAGGGUGGGAGCUUGUUUGUUUGUUGUUUCCAAAUCAGUCACUCACUGCACCUGUCAAUGAUUUAAAGCAGUAAUUUGGUUUUUAACUUCCAGGUAAUCUGAUCAGUGUACAUUUUAAGGAAUUAUGUCAACUUCCACUUCCAUAACAUAUUAAGAACCUUUUUUCAUAGGCUACUAUGUUCUUCCAGAUUCACUAUAAGUGCAUUCUUCCAUGAGACUGUUUUAGGUGAUAUCAAUUUUAUUUAGUUCAAAUAUUUUCCAUCUAGGUGCAAAUACCUGGUAGAAGAAAAGGGGCAAGACUUUGUGAAUAACAUUCAUUUAACACCACAACAGGAUUCUACAGUAAGUGUGUGUCUUCUCCACUCUCCCCACCCUCCUGCCCCCAGGAACCAUGCUUUCUGGAUACCUCCAUUGAAAAUCUAUUUUAAGAUAAAUGUAAUUUUGAACUAUAAAUUCACUGAACCAGUCAAAUGAAUAAAAGGGCUUUGGUUACUAUCUUGCCAUCUUUCUCCAGCUGCCUAUGUUUGAACAGAUGGUGCUUCCAUAUGUUGUUGUAAAGGUUAAUUACUAUAUGCUGAGUUCAAGUUACUUAAUUUAUUAUUAGUAUUGUUAGUAUUAUUAGUAUUAUUUAUUUGUUGGUUUCUUUUGCCAAAAACAACUGAAAGUGAUUUGCCACCAGAAAAGCAAAUAAACAAAAAUCCACAUAGAUAAAUGAAAUGAAAUGAAAAAACCAUCCCUAUAAAAAUGUAAAAAUUAAAAAUACUGUUUCAGUGUGAGAUUCCAGGGGUUCCAGGUGCUUACCCAGGGUUUGUGCUUCAUUUGGGAAUGAGGCAAAGUGGAGACUGGAGUCUUUAGGAACUGACAACACCUCCAACUUCCACCUCCAUGUCCUUAGUCUUGCUCAGCUGCUGCUUCUGUUGCUGCUGUUGUUGCUGCUUCUGGUGGUGGUUCCUGUCAGGCAGUGGCAGUGGAAGCAAGAUGAUGAUGAUGAUGAUGAUGAUGAUGGGGAAAACAUGGAUAGUAAAUGAGCAUAAGACUCCAUUUAGAACUAUUGGUCCAGAAUACAUGCUGUUCUCAGCAGAGUAAUUUACUUGCUCAAAUAAAAAAAAGGGCUUGUAUAAAUUGCAAUACUACUUUAAAAUUAUUGUUUUUAGGGCUUCAAUGUAAUAUUGCUAGACUAUGAUUAUCCAUGAGUGUACAAAAUUAUUAAAAAUAGCACUGGUCAUUCCUUCAGCCUGAAGAUUACAAUUUACAGAUUGACAAAUGGGGCUGUAUCCAAUAUAGUCAGACUUUGAGUAGACCCACUGAAAUUAAUGGACAUGACUAGCAUAGGUCCAUUAAUUUCAGUAGGUAUUCCCUGAGUAGAACACAACCAAUAAUCUAUUUCAUGUACCUCUACCCCCUUGGGUUGAAUACAAGUGCGCCCUUCUACAUGCAGAAAUUACCUCCUGAUCACACCUUGCUUUGGAUCACAUCCACGCCAUACAUUUAAAGUACAUCACUUCUCCCAAAGGUGUCCUGGGAACUGCAAUUUCCAGCACUCUUAACAAACUACACUUUCCAGCAUUCUUUGGGGGAAGCCAUCCCAAUUAAGUGUGCUUUAAAUGUAUUGUGUUGAUGUGAGCUUAGAAUGUUCCACAGGCAAAAUAUAUUUUGCCUGUGCAACCAGUGGCAGACUUGGGUACUAUGGUGCCCUGUGGAAGUCCAAUAUUUGGUGUCCUUCCCAACCCUCACACUGCCUUACCAAAGGUAAGAAAGAGGAAACCCCCAGGUUUCUCUGUCCUCCAUCAAUCGCGGACUGUGGGUCGGGGAGAGUAGUAGCGUUGUUAAUCCAGGAGGGUUGCUCUUUCAGAGCUCUGCCAGCACCGGCGAUCUCCGGCAUUGAAUGUGUUGGUCUCGUAUGGGGCACCAAGGACAGCUUGGCUGUCUGGCUGGUGUACCGACCCCCCAGCGCACCGGCAGUCACCCUGUCACACCUGCUGGAGGUGGUGGCAGGUUGGGCCUUGGAGUUCCCAAGCUUACUGGUUUGGGGAGACUUCAACGUUCCAUGCCGAUGCCGCCCCAUCCUCACAGGCUCUGGACCUAGUGACUUCCAUGGCAACACUAGGGCUCUCCCAGUUUGUUUUGGGCCCCACUCACCAAGCAGGCCACACAUUGGAUCUGAUCUUUGGUCCUGGCAUAGAUGUGAUCAUGCUCCCCCUGUGGAAGUGCCAUGGUCUGAUCACUACGCUCUGAAAGCUAAGAUUGACUUCCUGCUCCUCCCCUGCUCGGGUGGUGAGCCUAUUUGGGCUCACCCACGAAGGCUGAUGGAUCCUGAUAGAUUCCAUCAGGCCUUGCGGGACCCUGCUCCUCCUGGCGACUCAUUAGAUGACCUUGUCGAGGACUGGAAUAACUGGCUCUUGGCGGCCAUUGAUGAGAUCGUGCCUAAGCGCCCUCUGUGACCCCGCCGAAACCGGGCCCCUUGGUUUACUAAGGAGCUUCGGAAAAUGAAGCAGGAUCUCAGACAGCUAGAGCGAGUAUGGCGACGGACUCGUGACGGAGCUUCAAGAACAUCUUAUAGGAUGCUUAGGAAAGCCUAUGAGAUGGCUAUGAAAGCUGCUAAGAAAUCUUACUUCACAGCUUCCAUUGCAUCCGCUAGCUCUCGCCCGGCACAACUUUUUAGAAUAAUUAGGUCAAUAAUGUCCUUAGGAGGACAGCCAAAUUUAAGCACAAAUUCGACCCAUAGCUGUGAGGCAUUCACGAGCUUUUUUGCGGAGAAAGUCCUUCUGUUCAGCCGUGACCUCCCUGCCAAUUUAGAUACAGUGACAGAACUGGAGGUCCCUCGAUUGUCUUCGGGUCCAGUGUUGGACCAUUUCGAUCGGAUACUCCCUGCAGAUGUGGAUAGAUUCCUCCAAGUUGGUAGGCCCACCACCUGCCUCCUUGAUCCGUGCCCGUCUUGGCUGAUUAGGGCAUGCCCAGAUGUCGCGCGGACCUCCCUGGUUGAAAUUAUCAAUUUGUUCCUUGGCACGGGGACAUUCCCAGGGGAGCUGAAGGAAGCAGUGGUGUGUCCACUCUUAAAGAAAACUUCACUAGAUCCUUUAGACCUAUCCAAUUACCGCCCAGUUUCAAAUCUUCCAUAUCUGGGUAAGGUAAUAGAGAGAGCGGUUGCUGAACAGCUUGGUAGGUUUCUGGAGGAAACAUCGGCUUUAGAUCCAUUUCAGUCCGGGUUCCGUCCUGGUUUCGGGACCGAGACGGCUCUGGUUGUCCUAACAGAUGAUCUCCGUAGACAACUGGAUCGAGGCGGGUUGGGACUGCUGACCCUUUUAGAUUUGUCAGCGGCUUUUGACAUGGUCGAUCAUGAUCCUCUGGACCACCACCUCGCAGACGUGGGGAUACAGGGCAUAGCCCGUAAAUGGCUGUGCUCUUUUAUCUCUGGUCAGGGACAGAGGGUGGCGCUAGGGAGGGAGAUGUCGUCGCACCACUCCUUGGUGUGUGGAGUGCCACAGGGCGCAAUCCUCUCCCCGAUGUUUUUUAACAUCUUUAUGCGCCCCCUUGCCCAGAUUGUCCGGAGCUUUGGGCUGGGUUGUCACCAAUAUACUGAUGACACUCAGCUCUAUCUGCUGAUGGAUGGCCACACUGACCAGAUGCUUGGAAGCUGUGGCUGGAUGGUUUCAUGGGAGCCAAUUGAAACUAAAUCCUUCGAAGGCAGAGGUCCUCUGGUUGGAUCAGGAUGGUAUGGGGAUGAGGGACCAACUCCCUUCUCUUGUGGGGGCCCAAUUAGUGCCAUUGCCUUCCGUUAAGAGUUUGGGUGUAAUCCUUGACACCACCCUUUCCAUGGAGGCGCAGGUUACAGCAACAGCCAAGGCGACAUUUUUCCACCUUCGCCGCAUCAAGCAGUUGGUCCCUUACCUUUCCCGCCCCGACCUGGCCAUUGUGAUCCAUGCAAAGGUCACCUCCAGACUUGACUACUGUAAUUUGCUCUACGCGGGGCUGCCCUUGAAGCUGUCCCAGAAACUCCAGCGGGUGCAGAAUGCUGCAGCGAGGCUCCUCACGGGGUCUCUGCCAUGGGAGCAUAUUCACCCAGUGCUUUUCCAGCUGCACUGGCUCCCGGUGGAGUACAGAGUCAGAUUUAAGGUGCUGGUUUUGACCUUUAAGCCCUUCACGGCCUAGGACCCUCGUACCUACGGGACUGCCUCUCCUGGUAUGCCCCAUGGAGAGCCUCAAGGUCCAUAAAUAACAACACCCUAGUGGUCCCAGGCCCUAAGGAAGUUAGAUUGGCUUCAACCAGAGCCAGGGCCUUUUCAACUCUGGCUCCGGCCUGGUGGAACGCUCUGCCUCAUGAGACCAGGGCCCUGCAGGAUCUGAUUUCUUUCCGCAGGGCCUGUAAGACAGAGUUGUUCCGCCUGGCCUUUGCUUGGAGUCAAUUUGAUUCCCUCCCCCUCUUUCUUUUUCCUUUUUCCUCCUGUGAUGAGGCUGCAUUUUAAUUGUUUUAAUGUUUUAAUGUUGUAUUUUAAUUUUGUUUUUAAGUUGUAUUCAUUCAACUCGUUUUUAUUAUUGAUUGUUAGCCGCCCUGAGCCCGGUCUUGGCUGGGGAGGGCAGGGUAUAAAUAAUAAUAAUAAUUAUUAUUAUUAUUAUUAUUAUUAUUUAUUAAAUCCACCCAUGGUGCAAUCUACCCUUCUCCACUGUGUUGUUGUUUUUUAUUAAAAAAACUAACUACCAUUUGGCCCCUCCCUGAACCAUUCCCAAACACAGUAACUUCUCAGAGGGAGAGGUGAUUUCACUCUCAGUACUGAGUCCUGUAAUAGCCAUUCCUCCUGAUCACUGUGUGACUUCCUUGCCUAACAAUAGAUGUAGUUGGUACUUGAAUUUGCUUAUUUCUCUUUCUUUCGUACCACAUCUCUUAGAUUGUAAACCAUUAUUUUAAAAUGUUGAGUGCUUUGGCGGUAAGGUUGAUUUAAAUGUAGCAAGUAAAUGUGGGGGACGGUAUUGUGUUUGUAACUGUGGUUUGUAUUUUUGUGUUUUUGUAUUGUAAACCAACAUGUGAUCUUUGGAUGAAGGGUGGUACAGAAAUUUAAUAAAUAAUAAUAAUAGUAAUAAACUGCUCUAGCACAAGAUUUUACAGAACAACACCAGCAGUUGUUUUCUAUUCUGCUCACAGUUCAUUAAAUCCAUUCUAAUAUCAGUGUUUCUGUUUAGAUAGAGGAAGCAGAGAAGUUUUCACAUUUUACAGGUAUGGAUACAAUUGUUUGUAACUGUCCUGCUCAGUUUGCAACUCAGUAAGCCUAACAAGGGUCACGAGGUCUUCAGUAAACUAAGCUUCCUGUAUUUGUUUGUUCUCUUCCUCUCCUUGGAUUUGUAAGGGAGAUGGCAAAACCACAAUCAACAUUACCAUAAAAAUCUGGUUGAAGCAUAGAAAGAUUCUCCUCCUCAAAGAGAGACUUUACAUUCCUGCAGUGGAGUCUUUUCUAGUCCCAAAGGAAAUCUGAAAUACAGUUUGCAGCAAGGAACACUUGGGGAAGAGGGAGGGCAGGUAGAGGCAAUGAAUGAGUCUUGCUAAAGUUUAAGCAGAAGAUAAUAGAGAGGAGCCAGCUCCUGUGUGAGUUCCUGGGAAUAAUGCAUCUGGGAAAAAUGGCAUAGAGCAGCCUCAGAAUUUGAGUCUGAAAAGAUGAACGAAAUUGGGAUGUGAUGUGCACCUAGCAGAAGGAAAAUUUAGCAGAUAGCCUCACCUGAACUUGAAAAGUCUUUCCAACAAAGGAUUUGGACCUGAGUGUCCUCACAUAACAAAAAGCAUAGAUCGUAUAGUUCUUGGGCCAGCCUGACUCAUGUCAACUAAAUGUCAUGCCACAGGACUAGAGCUCAGCCAUUAGGGCACUCUAGGAGCUCUACCUGCACUUCAGGAAACUUUAUCAUUCCGGUUUUAAUCUUACAUGUAUCUGAACAAUGAUAAGUUGUAUUGUAAACUAUGUUUUCCAUUAAGUAUUUUAAAAGUAAUUCAGUAUAUCAGGACACCUGCUGUAUUUUUAUCUCAGUUAAUUUCCUUGCUUUGAUUAUAUUUUCAUCUCUUGGUUUUGCAGAUGAGGAACUUUUACAGAACCAGCUGGUACAGAAUGCAAUGCACAUGGGUUUCAGCCUGGAUGAAAUUAGGAGCACUGUGGAAAGGAAAUGCCAUCUGUCCGCAGAGGGCUACAGAUCUAUUGAGACAUUGGUCACUGACUUAAUCAGUGCCCAAAGAGAUAAUAACCCUAGUGCAUCCUGGGAAAGCACCUUGCAAAAAGGUGAGCACAGUAUAUGUCCAAAGCAUAUAUGGGAGUUGAGAACAAGAAAAGUUGCUCUGGAUGGGAUAUAUUUUUGCUUGAGGGCAGAGUGUUUGCUCAUGGAUACAUGUAGUGGGGUUUUGGUGACCAGAAUUUUGGGCAGCAGCACCCUUCCAACAUUUUAUUACACAUUACUCCAUUGACUGACUGCUUUGACAGCUGUUUCCUAUCUCUUUUUUGGUAUGCUCUUGGUGUUCACUGAUUUAUCAUUUUUAAAAUACUUGUCCUGCUAUUCCAUUUAACAUUCCUUCUGAUGUUGGUCUAGGAAGACCCAGCUGCUCAGUAUGUUGUUUAGAAGUUUAUUGGGGGGGUCAAGAUUUAAUUUAGAGAUGCAUUAAUUUUGCUGCUAUUAUGCAUUUGGAUUUUUUAUUGUUAGACCUUGUGUAUUACUUGAGGAUUGCUUGGUUUUAUUGUAUAUUUAUCAAGAUGUUUUUGUCAGUUCAUUGUUUUUGAUGUAUGUAUAAUAUGUAACUGUUAGAGGAUUAUACAUUUCUGUUGUUUAUUUUUUGCUGUUGUAAGCCACCUUAGUAUGGUUUGACUAUGGAAAGAUGACAUACAAAUUGGUGAUCAGUUGAAUAAUUCCCCUUUUUGGUAAUCUUUGGAUAAUUUUCCUUUGUUUCUACAAACAUGAUGAUAAGCAAAUAUUGUUACCGCUUUUGCUUUAUAGUUUAAAACAAAAUUUAUUUAUUUAUUUUAAAAAAACAUAAAUUGGCAGGUGUACAAAACAUUUUGUAUGCCAAAUUACUUUGCAUAGUCUCCAAAGAGUUAGGCUGGUAGUUUUAUCCUCAUAAUGUGGGGGUAAAUUAGUUGUUGCUUUGUUUAUUUAAUGUACCUUUCACCCAGUCUUCCAGAGAAUUUUCAAGUUGAUUUCUAAACAUAGAAUCAAACAAUAGCUAAGGCUGCAAUCCUAAUCCCAUUUACCUGGGAGUAAGCCCCACUGAGGGACGUGGGUGGCGCUGUGGGUUAAACCACAGAGCCUUGGACUUCCCGAUCAGAAUGUCGGUGGUUCGAAUCCCUGCAAUGGGGUGAGCUCCCGUUGCUCAGUCCCUGCUCCUGCCAACCUAGCAGUUCGAAAGCAUGUCAAAGUGCAAGUAGAUAAAUAGGUACCGCUCCGGCAGGAAGGUAAACGGUGUUUCCGUGCGCUGCUCUGGUUUGCCAGAAGCAGCUUAGUCAUGCUGGCCACAUGACCUGGAAGCUGUACGCCGGCUCCCUCGGCCAAUAAAGCGAGAUGAGCGCCGCAACCCCAGAGUCAGCCACGACUGGACCUAAUGGUCAGGGGUCAACUUUACCUUUACCUUUUAAGCUCCACUGAAUUCAAUUGGAGUUCUUUCUGAAUAGACAUGAUAAGAUUGUGCUGUAAAUUAGCUAUCUCAGUGAAAAGAACAAGGAAAUAGGCAAGGAAAAAAGCUCUCAAAUGGACUGUAGCUACAAAACACAAAAUUAUUGUUUGCUGAAAGGUUGGUCAAAAAACAGUUGAUCUGGUGCUAUGUUAUUUUCCCUUUGAUACAGGAGUCUGUCCUCCACUGAUCUAAAGACUAACUGGCUCUCUGUUCUUUUUGUUAAAGAAGUGAGAAAAAGUGAUUUAGGGACAGUUUAUUGUCAGCAGUUUGAAACUUAAACUGAGGAUGACUACUCUAGUAAAAUUCCAAUGGAAUUUUAAAAGGCCUCCCAAUAAACAAAAAUAGGAAAGGCAAUAUACUGGGGACAGAGGCUAGAAAACCUGGUAAAUGAGGGCAGUUGCAGCUCAUUAAAGGUUCACAACUUGCACUCUUGGCCAAUAUGCCACAUCAGCUUAAUUUAAGUUGUCAGCUGUCUCUUUUUUUAUCAAGUUGUCAUAUUUGUUUAAGGAGGGAAAACAUUUCAAGAAAUUUUUGUAACUUUCUGUUUCCUUCUUAGAUCUCAGUGCUGAAGAGAAAUUAAGAAGUUUGCAGGAAGAAAAGCUUUGCAAAAUCUGUAUGGAUAAAACUAUCUCAGUAGUCCUCAUUCCCUGUGGACAUCUUGUUGCUUGUAAGGACUGUGCGGAUGCGGUUGACAAAUGUCCUUUGUGUUGCACAGUUAUUACAAAAAGGCAGAAGGUAUAUAUGUAUUAA